AUGACACCUAAUGAAGAAAUCGAGCGAGAUAUAUUUAGUAGGGAGAGUAAUGAUAAUAAUGAAAACCUUGAGUCUGUUAAAGUUGAGGAAGAGAUAAUCGAAAAUGAGAAUUACAAAUUUGACGUAAACUGGAGUCAUGAAAUAGAUACUGCUGAAGAACAAGAAGACUUGGAGAUUGAUGCUUUUGAAGAUCGACAUAAAGAUUCGGAGAAUUACUUGCCACUAAUUGCAUUUGGUUCAAAGAGUAAAACAGAUGACAUUGACAUAGAACAACCCUGCAUACAAACAAAUAAUUUUUCAAAACCGUGUGAGAAAAAGAUUACAUCAAAUUCUACUGAUUGUAACAUAAAUGAUGUUUCCGAAAUUCGCAGUAAAGUAUAUUUUGCGUUGUAA